UUUUUUUAGGAAAAGAAGUAGAAUAUAUUUCUUUUGAAGACUGAGUCUCAGGAUUAAACGAUAGACUGAGUCAGCAGACAAAGUGUGUCCAAUAAUCAUUAUUGAAUCAUAGCAAGAGAAUAGAGAGGGGCAUUUUCGUAAUUUCACUUGCCCUGUUUUAAACUUCCCCUGUUUUAUAAACACUACCUGUUUUCCAACCAAACAAAAAUUAAAUUCUCAAAACUAAACAAAAAUAAUUCUUCAUGACUCCAUUACGAUCAGUAUUGGAAGGAAUCAUAACUCGGCGGAUAAUCCUUCUUUACGCAACAACGUGGACGAUUAUGUUAACGGUAACGGUGGCGGUGGCCUCAUUUGCACCGGAGUUUGCAUUCGUUAUGGCCAUAUCACCAUCGUCGUCGUUUUCCAAGUCUUGUAAUUCAAAGGGGUCGGUAAGAAUACCAUUUAGCGAUCCAUUAACGGAGGUCAUAUGCUUCCCAUCCCAUAUGGUAAAGAGAUCCAAAAUAGAUCUCAUUGUCCCUACAGUCUUUGCCGCUCUAGUUGUCACCGCUUCUGCUUGCUUUGUUCGAUCUUUCGCCUUAUAUGGUAGUUAAAGAUUGAUAUUAUGAUAUGUUUUCAAGGAGAAAUUGAAUUGAAGUUUUUAAAUACUUGUUAUAUCCAGUUUUUAUUAGUUUUAGCUUUAUAGAUAGAAAACGAGGUUACUUAAUUGAGUU